AUGGCCUCUUCGCGAGAAUCAACAGCCACUCUUGGGCGAAAUCCUGAAGGUGCUUCAAAUCAAGAUUCCGCACCAGAAGAAGUACCUGGGGGUUUGUUAGAUGAUAUCUCUGACCAGCGCCUUUCGAAAAGGCUGAUUGUGGCUGUGGACUUCGGCACAACGUACUCAUGUGUCUCAUUCGUAGCCCUUGAAGCUGGAGAGGCGCCAGAUUAUUUACCUCUUGAUAGGAUCGAAACGAUAGGAAAUUAUCCCAACGACUUGAAUUUCGACUCAAAGGACGAGAUGGAGAACCAAGUUCCGACUGAGCUCAUGUACCCACUUAAUCGUAACUUCCGGGACCAGGACGAUUUGCCUCCUCUGGAGAACAAUGAGGGUAUCACUGGUGUAGGUACAGAAGAUGAAGGUGAUGGGUCGAUCCCAGGCCAACCUAUUCCCAUUACCGACGCGAAUGAGAACGGCGAGGAUAUGGAUAUGGAUGGACUAUUCGAAUCGGACUCAUUACAAUGGGGUUAUAGUGUCCACGAAGCUCGAUCGAUACCCGCAAUACAUAUAAAUCCGAACAACAGGCCAUUGUCGCGCUUCAAGCUUCUCCUUGAUGAGAGUCCAAUGACCAGGACCAUCCGUGACGACCUCAACCAAACAAUCGGGUUGUUGAAGCGGAAAAGGAUUAUACAGAAGCCCUUGCAGGUUAUUGCCGACUUUCUGACAUGCCUCCUCCGCCAUACCAAGACUGAACUUGUCAACAAGGGCUACGAUGACAAUUGGAAGGUUGAGAUGGUGCUAUGUGUACCAGCAAUCUGGACCCAAAAGGGAUGUCGUAACAUGCAGACUGCCAUGGCUUAUGCCAUGGAAAAGGCAAGAUUUAUAGGAGCCGACUUUCAGAACAACAGUAUUGAGAACUUGUUUAUCGUUUCGGAGCCAGAGGCCGCAGCUGCCUACGUAUUGGCAAGCGACCCGGAUAUUCAGCCUGGUGGGGGCCUAUUUGGGUCAAGUUUUCUGAACGAAGGCUUCCAACAAAUGCUCUCUGAUCUUCUUAAAGACGAGCAGUAUCUAGAGACGGGCUUUAAAACCAUUGAUGGUAUCAUUGAAAGGAUCAUGGUCAAUGAGUUUGAGUAUAGAGUCAAGAGAUCCUUUGAUUUGCGCAACGUUGAUUCGCGUAGAGGCGUGAAGUCCUUCCCAGUGUCAGGACUUCUGGAUAAUCCUGCCAAGCGUUUCAGUCACGAGUGUACAAUGAUUAACCUCGAUACUAGGAUAAACAUCAAACCAAUAUUCGUGAGAUUGCUUGAGGGAAUUGCGGCGAUCAUGGAGGACCAAAUCAACAAAGCUUUACAAAAAGGUUGUCGAGUGGAGAAAGUGAUCCUCCAGGGGGGUUUUGCUGCGUCCAAAUCUUUGAGUUACUUCAUUGAGGAUCGUCUGAAGAGAUUCAAUGAAGAAUUUGGUCACAAUAUCAGUCCCAAAAGAUCAAACAAUACACUGUUAGGCGCCGAGAAAAUCGGAGAAAUCCUAGUCGAUUUCACCUUCCUCCGAGAACAAGGCUUGAUCCAGCCAAUUGAGCCAAUCAAGAAACCUAAUGGCAAAACCAUUGGCACAAGACACUAUCGAGUGGUUUUCACCAUGGCGAUUAGAGUUGUCGACCGCGAUUUGCAAUGCUAUGCACUUUACAGUGGUCAAGUUGUUAAGAGAUGCCGAAUCAACAUCGCAUCUGCAUUCCGACCGGGGGUGAAGUAG